AUAUUGAUAAUCCAAUUGGGGAAAGCAAAAGAAAUGAAUGGCAUCUUCGGCAGCUUUAGGAGGAUCAAUCGGUCCACUGAUUCGCAAUCGCUCUACCAGAUUCCUUCCAUGUCGGAACCCUGACCAUAAAUGGAGCUUCAUCGAUGCUGGUUCUCAUUCUCGAUUCUCCGUUAUCCAUUAUUCUAGCUUUUCUCCUCUUCAUAAUUCUCUUCCGCUUCGCCGUCGUCUUCUUCUUUCUUCUCCUCCUCUUCAUCUUCUGCUCACAUCUCGUUUACCUCAUUUUCGAUCUCCUCUGACAUCAAUGGCCUCCACAGUUUCUGAUCAGGUUGGUCCGGAGACUCCUCAGUCCAAUCAGGCAAAAACGGUUAGGGUUGUGAUUAAGGGUAGGGUUCAGGGAGUGUUCUAUCGGGACUGGACGGUGGAGAAUGCUAAGGAGUUAGGGUUGAAGGGAUGGGUGCGGAAUCGUAGGGAUGGAUCCGUGGAGGCUCUUUUUUCCGGCCGCCCUGAGUCGGUGACGGAAAUGGAGCAACGGUGCCGCCGUGGUCCGCCGACGGCGAUGGUCACCGGUUUUCAGGUUUUUCCUAGCUCCGAUGACCCCGGGCCUGGGUUUGAGCGCUUACGGACCGCGUGAUGAUCGUGAAGGUGGAACCGGACCGGACAUGACGUCGUGUAAGAAAUUUAUUAGGAAAAAUAAAAUUUUAAUUUAAAUACUAGCACAACAUUUUUCCGCUUAAAAUCA